CUCUGCCUCUCCUCUCUCUCCUCUCCCGAAGCAACAUCGCCGCUGGCUAGUGCCACUCGCCCGCACUGGCCACCACCUCGCCCGCCGGCCCCUGGCUCGGCCCCCACCACCUCGCCCGCCCGUCAUCACCGGUCCCUCUCCUCUAGGCCCCACCACCAUGGCGCCAGCGGCCCCUGACAGUCCACCGUCACCCCGAGCAGCCAUCGGCGGCCGGCCAUGGCGCCGCAGCCUCGGUCCUCAUCGUCGUUUGAGCAGACGCAGGUCGCCGACCAUGGCGUCGCCGGCCCUGACCCUCCCCGUCGCUCGAGCAGGCGCAUGCGACCGUCCAUGGCGCCGUCGUCCCGGCCCUCCCCGUCUCUCGAGCAGCCGCAGGCGACUGGCCAUGGCAUCGUUGGCCCUGACCCUCCACGUCGCUCAAGAAGCCGCAGGCGGCCCGCCUUGGCCCUCCCCCGUCGCCUGAGCAACUGCACGUGGCCGACCCCGUCCUUUCCCAUCGCCUCGAACAACCUCAUGUGGCGGCCGCUGCUCACCGGCGCCGCCGGCUCUGACCCCUUCCCCCUCUUUACCCCGGCCCUCGUCUCCCCGAGCAGGGCCAGUACUUCGGCCAUGGCGUCCCUGUGAGCUCGGUGAUGUGCCGCACGUGGAACCAUGACGAUGCAGUGGAGAAGAAAACCAGGGACCGGAUUGUUUUUUAUCUGUAGUUCUAGGUUGCUUUAGUAAUACGUGAGGACUGCUUUAGUACUUGUUCUAAUGUGAGGUUCCUUUGUGUAAAUUUGUAUGCACUGGUUGACUAAUGAAGUUUCCAGUGCCUUUUCCAUUA